AGUACAGUCAUGUCGGGAUUAUCGGAAUCACUAGUAAUGUUUGGCGUGGAUCUUAUUGAAGCAUCGAAAUCGGAAUAUGACUUUCUACUCGAGGUCCAAAGUUUGGAAUACCUUAGAAACGACGCAGUGCUGCGAUAUUCUAUUUACAGAUACGAAAACCUAUGGCUUCCACUUGUUGCUCAGAAUGAUCAAACCUCAAAGCCUGAGUAUCUACACCCGCCAAUUGACAUAGAAUGGGUUUGGCACUGUCAUAUGCUAGCACCACAUAGGUAUGCAGAGGAUUGCAAGUCACUGUUUGGAAGAGUCCUUGAUCACUCAGUAAUAAAGUCACCACAUGGAAAAGAAGUAACCGAGAAGAUUUGGUCCAGAUGUUAUCCUAGUGAAAAGUUUGAGCUUUUCCUAGGAAAUUGCAAUGGAAAGAUACCUGAUUCAGAAACGGAAUAUAAAUCGCAUUUUAAUUUUGAUCUUUUGGCAGCUAUCCAUCGGCAACAAGAUUUCUUUUAUAACAUCCAUCUUCCACAUUACAAAGACGACAAAUUUCUCUCAGAUGCUUGUGUUAGAUAUCAGAUGUACUUGCAUCUAAAAAAGAAACAUCCGAACGAAUUUUUAGUGCCUUGUUAUGAUAUUGACCUCAUUUGGCACACACAUCAACUUCAUCCAAUCGAUUAUAUAAGAGUCACAGAAUCACUUCUUGGUCGAAUCCUUGUCCAUGAUGACACAGUGACCGACAGAAGUUCAGGAUCCAAACUAUCUGUGUCUGAUGAAAGAACAAGAAAGCUCUGGUUAGAAACAUACUGUGUAUCCUUUUCUAAAUUUGGAGCCAUGUACCGAGGCGACUCUCCAAGAGGUAAACUCUAUCAGGUCACACAGCAAGACAUCGACAAAAUGUGUAUAAAAGGAGCUGUAGUAACUCUUCGGAAGUUAUCCAUCACGUCACCAAACGCUUAUCUCAGUGAAAAAAAUAUCAAGUUAAAGGUUUCUAAGCUAGACGUCAUGUCCAGCAAAAUUACUUUGAUAAAAAAAUUGACAGGAAAAAUGGGGAACAUGAUGUGGGAUAAGAUGGAAACACAGUUUUCAUAUGGCCCCCAUGAUUCAAUUCUUGUUUUUGGGCUGGAAACAAGAAACGGCCUAUUUAGUGGGAAAUCCAAAGCUAUUGGGAAACACAGAGAAAGAUUUACUCUUAAUUUCAUCAUCAGCGAGUCAUUAAAAAGUGGUGAAUUUCAUUUUGAGAGGGAUAUGCAGGUAGUGAGCACGUUGUCUACAGCAAAACUUUCCGUCAGAGGGUCUUUCUCAUCCGUUUUUGGUGAAAUUGUGUUAUUUUUGGAGCGAGGUGACUACGAAAAUGUAAACAUGCCAACAAACAUAGAACAACUUUGGGGUCCUGUACCUUUGCCAAAUUCUGACGCACAAAACAUUUGUCAGGUAGCUUCACACAGGUUGAGGGACCAGACUGGAAAUAUUAGUUUUACAUGUCGCUUUAUACACUGUGUAAAGAUUAUGACAUCAGUUGUCCAAGUGUUUUAUCAUGACAAAAUGGCUGCAGUUGCACAUAUUAUCGGUUCUGAUCAGUUACCAUUGAGAAAGCAGGUAGAUUCGGACAAUAUAACUCUGGACCCAGGUUCCGGUGAAAGAGCCAUUGUCAUCAAAACCAACGAAGGAGAUUCUUUGAUUCUCAAAGGGAAGUGGGACGGAUUUAGACGAGGUAUUCCAGGAAGUCGAGGCAAAGAAGGAAUUCCAGGAUAUACAGGUCAUCUGCAAGUAAAGGUUUAUCAAGUGGAUCAUAAAAGUCAAUCCCAAAAGCGAUUUGAAAUUAAUAUUUUGCAAGACCAUCUAUUAGAGUUUGAAGGAUGUGCAAUAGAUUUAACUACUGGUAGGAUAACCUGCAGGUUGACAACAGCUGGAGAAGUUCUGAACUCUGUUGCCUUGUCAUUUUCCAUUGCUCUUCUACAUGUGCUGUGUGUGCCACGUCCCUCCGAAUGGCAGCCUGGGAAUUCUUUAAAAUCAGAAAUGAUAUCCAGAGGUGGACGAAGAGUUGAAAGAUUUCCAGAUGAAGAUAUGUCGUUCAUGUUAGCAGCCGGUCUUCUACAUCUAACACCCUCUAAUCACUUCAUUUAUCAUGCAUAUGGUCCUAAUGUUUGCACUGUGUGUGGUGCUGGAAGCAUUGUAUGUGAAAAUAUUGUUGUAGGAUUUGAUCAAGGUCAUUGCGUCAUUGAUACAGAUGGAGGUCAUUUUGGAGGUGGUGAAACAGUUAGUGAUGGGGGUGCUCUUGGUGCAGUAAGUGAUGGGGGUGCUCUUGGUGCAGUAAGUGAUGGGGGUGCUGGUUGCGAAGGCUGUGGUGGCUGUGGAGGCUGUGGUGGUGGAGGAGGUGGUGGUGGAGGUGGUGGGGGUGGCGGAUGUGGCGGUGGUGGAUGUAGUGGUGGUGGUGGUGGUGGUGGUGGAUGUGGCGGCGGCUGCGGGGGUGGUGGUGGAGGCUAA